AUGGACAGCAAAGUGUGCGUCUUUCUGCUCGUCGCGCUGCUCGGCGUUGCUCUAGCACUCGCCGGCUCCAUCGCCGGCGGCAGCAUGGAGGCCGUGCUGGCCGGCAAGAGGCAGUAUGGCGCGGCGCAGCUGAUGAUGACCCCCGUGACGGCGACGCCGACGUCGGUGCUGGGUGUGGAGGUGCGCCGCCGCGUCCUCGGCAGCAUCAGCCCGUCCUCGCUCGAUCCCAACAGGGCGGCCUGCAUCGGGUCGUGCCCGGCCGCCGGCGGGGCGUACACCGGCCGCGGCUGCCAGAGGGUGUACCAGUGUUCUACAGGCUGA